AACAGUCCAACCAUACCCGAAUAAAAAUGAUCACAUCAUCGUAACCUUAAAGAUGUAACAGCUGGAUUAUUAUCCCCACCUAUACAACAACGUACCUAGUACAAACAUAAAAGCAUCAUUUCCAGUUUCUAAUACCGUAUAAAGGUGUAUUUAUAGUGUUUCCUUAUCAUAUAUCAACUCAGUCAAAGUGAUACGUGUCACUCCACACCAUGACUACUUAGUACAACUUAAAUAUUUGACAAAACAACAAAAUGAAAACCCAAAUAACCUUAUUUGUGUUCGCUGCUACACUAUGCGCAGUACAAAGUGCCCGAAUCUUGGGAAUUUUUCCACUUCCUGGCAAAAGCCACUACAUCCUGGGCAGCUCCUUAAUGAGAGCCCUAGCGGAACACGGCCACGACGUCACCGUGAUAAAUCCCUUCGGAGAGAAAAACCCCCCUAAAGGAAAAUACAGGGACAUUCUAUUAACCGAAAUAAUAGAAAGCGUCGAAAAUCGUAAGGACGAAGUCAACAUGUUCGAAAUGGGUGAUCUGGGCCCAUUUGUCAAUAUUCCAGUUCUAGCGUAUUUUAUGUCAGAGAUCGACGAAAUGCUACUAAAAGAGAAAACCGUGCAAGAACUCAUUCACUCCAACGAGAAAUUCGACAUUGUCAUCAUCGAACAAUUUUAUAAUGACGCUCAUAAAAUGUUAGCCACACAUUUUGGGGGCAUUCAAGUCGUCUUUAGUACGAUUGGAGCAAACUUUUGGGUGAACAAUCUAGUCGGAAAUCCAAGUCCGUUGGCUUAUAUUCCUGACACAUUUUUAAGUUAUUCGCCUCACAUGACGUUCGGUGAGAGACUUAUUAAUACGUUGUGCUACCUCUUGAACGUCGCUGUUCAUGGUCUCUAUUUAUACCCCAAGCACAACUCUGUUGGUGCAAAAUAUAUCCCGAAUGCUCCCAGUAUCCACGAUGUCAACUACAACGCCUCUUUGAUCCUUCUCAACUCCCACCCUAGUCUCAACCAACCCGUUCCUCACGUCCCCAACAUGAUCGAAAUCGGUGGGUUUCACAUUAAACCCCCAAAGAAACUACCCCAAGACUUACAGGAAUUUCUAGACGGUGCCAAAGACGGUGUUAUCUACUUCAGCAUGGGUUCGAAUCUACGGAGUGCCGAUCUACCUCUAGAAAAACGCAACGGGAUACUUAAAACUUUUGCGAAAUUGAAACAGAAGGUGUUGUGGAAGUGGGAAGAGGAUGAGUUACCGGGGCGGCCUGAAAAUGUCAAACUUGGAAAAUGGUUGCCUCAGCAAGACAUUCUUGCACACCCAAACGUCAAACUUUUUAUAACCCAUGGUGGUCUUUUAAGUACCACGGAAACCGUCUACUUCGGGGUUCCGGUUUUAGCGAUACCCGUCUAUGGGGACCAGAAAUUGAACGCACAGACGGCUGUUAGUAACGGUUUUGGGCUUGUUUUGCCUUACAAAGAAUUGAGUGAAAGGACGCUGGGUGAGAAGUUGGAUGAGCUUUUAAAUAAUCCGAAGUAUGGUGACAACGCUAAAAGUAGGUCUAGGAUUUUCCAUGACCGUCAGGUUAAACCACUUGACACUGCGUUGUACUGGGUUGACUAUGUCAUCCGCCAUAAAGGGGCCCCGCAUCUUAGAGUAGCGGCACUUGAUUUACCGUGGUACAAGUAUCUUUUAAUAGACGUCAUCGCUUUCGUGGCAGGAUUGUUGUUAAUGGGUGUAUAUUUAGUACGUUUGCUUCUACGGAAAGUUUGUCGGAGAGUUAGCUCCAAGAAAUUAAAGAAAAAUUAAUUGAU